CUCGGAGAAGAUAAACAAAAAGGAAGGAAGCCUUCGGCCAUACAAUCGCGGCAAAAUCGGUUCAAAAAUCUAGCUUGCCCGCUACAGUUAGCAACUCCAUGUGCCAUUACAUUGCUUAAAGCAUUGCCAUUCAGCGUUCACAGUCAUGGACGAGGGGAUAAUAUUUCGUAUGAGUGCAUUUUCCGAGCAAGGGGGGAGGAAAUACAUGGAGGAUGUGGUCGAGAUAAGAAUCGAGUACGAGCCGACGCCGUCGCCAGUGGAAGAUUAUCCAAAGUCGCAGGGACAUGGAGGACAGGGGAAAGCCGGCAGUGAACCUACAAAACAGCCUGGAAAAGAGGCACGCGACCACGACGUUACUGCCGAGUCUGGCCCAGCCUCUGCGAUGUGGGUCGAGAGUCUAUCGGAGGAGGGCAGCGACACACCGGCACCGGAGGAAAAAGUCGCAGAGCAUGCAGUCGACACUCGGAAGUCUGUGGCGUUUUUCGCCGUUUUCGACGGCCACGGGGGUCGAGAAGCGGCACACUUCGCGAGAGACAAUCUGUGGAAUUUAUUAAAAAAGCAGCGCGGGUUUUGGUCGAAGGAUCACAGCGAAGUGUGCGCUGCUCUCAGGAAAGGUUUCAUCGCCUGUCACCACGCGAUGUGGAAAGAGCUGCCGGAGUGGCCAAAGACCAUCACCGGCCUGCCCAGUACAUCCGGCACCACAGCCAGCGUGAUUGUGAUCCGCGGGGUCCACAUGUACGUCGCCCAUGUGGGGGAUUCGGCGGUAGUGGUCGGAGUGCAGGAGAACGACUCUGACAUCACGCUCCAGGCACUCGAAAUAACACAAGACCAUAAACCUGAACUUCCCAAAGAAAGAGAAAGGAUUGAACGCCUGGGUGGCAGUGUAAUGAAAAAGUCCGGGGUGAACCGUGUUGUGUGGAAGAGGCCCAGGCUGACCCAUAACGGCCCGGUGAGGAGGAGCACGGUCAUCGACCAGAUCCCCUUCCUGGCUGUGGCCCGAUCCCUCGGCGAUCUGUGGAGCUACGACUUCUACAGCGGAGAGUUUGUGGUUUCUCCAGAGCCCGAUACCACCGUGAUGACCCUGGACCCCAAACGGCAUCGCUACAUCAUCCUCGGCAGUGACGGACUGUGGAACAUGAUGCCACCCAAGAAUGCCGUCAAUAUGUGUUCCAGCCACGACAAAAUGGUGGGACCAAAGGGGAUGUCUUGCGCCCGCCGGCUGGGAUGCACAGCCCUACUGUUUUGGAAAGAGCGCAUGCUCCGCGCAGACAACACGACAGUGAUCGUCCUGGCCCUGCAGGAGCGCGGCGGGCCCCCUGUCCCGAUGCAUCGAGACGAGAUUGUUGUCGACAUGUCUACAGGAAUGGACCAUGUUCCCUUCCCAGGAACUACUUAUAACACGUGUGUGGUCCCAAAGCGGAGCGACGCUGCAGAUGCUCCCUCCCCAGUCAAAGACAGUUCCACGGCUCUGUGGCAGGCACUUGGUCUGUACAAAGCAGCUUCCGGUGCCGCCGCACAGCUGCUACCCGACGCCGACUCCGUGAGGGCCGCUCUGCCCCCCUCAGACGGUUCAGCGAAUGAUUUCGAAAAGCAGGAGUCCGCAACCCAAAUGGACUGCGCUGCUCCUGCUCCUCCCUUUAAAAGGUCUCGCCGUUCUCCGCACACACCCGCUGCACCGAGGGGUCCCCCCCGUCGGCUCGGCCGGUCCUCCGGCAAAAGUCUCCCCCAGGAGACGCCGGACAGCGAUGUACAAAGUGAACAUUCCAGUCAAAAGACGAGCUCCUCUGAGGAAAGCAGCAUCCUACCACAGCUGAUUCUUGUCUCGUAGAAACUGUGUUUUUUUUGCCCUGAGGCGAGAAGGAUAAUCGCUAUCAGGUGUGCCACGGGGGCCAACUCCUAGAUGUAUACUUUUUAUACAAAAAGUCUUCGUUUUUUUUGUAAAUAUGUGAGAAAUUUGAGAUUGUAAAUGUGUUGCCGUUUUAACCUUUUUCUUCUUCUUCUUCCCCCUCUUUGAAAUUUAGUGUUUUCGCAGAAAUUUUAAAAUCCAUUCAAUCUAUUUUCAUACGUAUAAGUAUGUAUAGUAUAUCCAAAAGAUGUAUUUUGAUGGUGGAUAAUUACAAUCUGAGAUGACGUCACAGUUCACCAAAAUAGUGACACGUGCAAUCUUCCAGUUUAGAUUUCUAUCGAAUGAAUUGACGGUGUUUAAAUUGAUUUUACUCGUCUGAUGCCAUAACAUCCCAGUCCUUCCUUCAGUGGAGUCAGUACCUCAGACCAGUUGUUCCAUAGAUGAAAUGUGCUGCCAUGCCAUUGUUAGUGUUUGUAUUUAAUCGGGUUCAGUAGAAGCCCCUGUUAGUGGUGAUACUGUCGUGUGCAAAAUAAUGGAAACGUGUGAAAAGCAAUGGUCUGAGGGUAUUGAUUAUAAAUCUGUUACUUGUUCCAUGUUUACCAGUGGCUAAUUAUGUAUGUGUCAUCACAAUUGCUACUCGGCUAAUUGGUGUAUCUUACGCAUAGCUUGUGAGGAGGCGUUAAAGGGUCUGUUCACCUAAAUCAGACAAAACAGAAUAUAUCCUCUCAUUUUCCCUCGUGGUAUCUCUAUCCAUGUACAUAAUGUGUGAUGGUAGUGAACUGACCCUUUGAUGGUACUUUGCUGGACAUUCUUUUCUUUGCUGGAGAGAUCCAUCUCCAUUUUUGAUUUGACCAUAAGGUAUUGGGUGCUGAUGUGAAAGCCAAAAUCAAUACCUGUGCCUCACUGGAAGGUUUGGAGUCUGCUUCCUCCUUGACUUUUCUUUAUUUUGAGUGUCCACCGGACACCAACACUAUUCCAAAAGCCCUUUUCAUAUUAUUUUCAUAUCUUGUAUCCUUGUAUCCUUGUGUGUGUGUGUGUGUGUGUGUGUGUGUGUGUGUG